CCAUCGGGGACCGAGGAUUUGUGCCCUUGAAGACAUACGCACAAUAACGACGCACGCCGUGAGGUCGAUGGGCCAAAGCUUGCUGACCGAGUCGGCUAUGGAGGACAAGGGGACUGGCAGCGUCGACAGGAGGAGAAGAGCCAGGACCAGCAGCAGGAGGAGUUGUAGACGGCAUCCCUCUGCUGCUUCGGCUCUGGUGACGGCGCUGCUUGCUGCUGUUCUCGCCGCGAGGGUGUCGGGCUUCUCAACGACCGGCGGCGGAGGCGCCCGCGUGGGCUGCCAGCAGCAGCGAUGGGAAGGGGGGAGAAGAUGCCACGUCUCGACCGCGCGACGCAGCAGCGUGCGGAAGGCGCGGGCCCGGAUGGUGGCGACCGAGGGGUCGAGAGUGUCCAUGUCUCCCGAAAAACCGCCCUCCUCUUCCUCCUCCUCCGUCCCUCAAGCAGCGGCAGCACUGGUGUCUAAAGCCGGGGACGAGCCGGAUGCUGCCGCCGCCGGCACGGCCGAGAGCGCGCGGGCCCAUAGAUUGCGGGUCACCACGUUCUUCUUUUUGUGGUACACUUUCAACGUCGGCUACAACCUCUGCACAAAAUUCACUCUUACGGCGCUACCGUUGCCGUUCACUCUGGCGGCGAUCCAGCUGCUGGUGGGGGUGCCGUACGUGUGGAUGCUUUGGCUGACGGGCAUGAGGAAAGCUCCAGAGUUGUCCAUAUCCAAGGUGAAGGGGACCACUCCGGUGGCAAUGGCGCAUACCAUGGCGCACCUGGCGGCAGUGGUUAGCAUCGGAGCGGGCGCGGUCGGAUUUGUGCAGAUUGUGAAGGGCGCGGAGCCUCUGUUCACGUCAGGGCUAUCGUUCCUGGCGGGGUCGGCGAUGCCGUGGCAGGUGUACACCACCCUCCUGCCCGUGGUCGGGGGCGUGGCCAUGGCCUCGGCGGGGGAGAUCAGCUUCAGCGCGCUGGCCUUCGGGGCGGCGAUGACGUCGAACGCCUCCGCGGCCUCUCGGAGCGUUCUCGGAAAGAUCUUCAUGGCUAAGGAGAAGGAGAACGGGGGAGCGAUGUGCGCGGGAAACUUGUACGCCGUGAUGACCAUGCUGGGGUGCUUGGUCCUGACACCCGCCGCCUUGUGGGUGGAGGGGCCGAGGGUGGCGAGCGUUUGGAACGCGGCGUUGAGCGCAGGGCACAGCCAGCGGAGCCUCGUCAAGAACGUCUUGCUAAGCGGGGUGUUUUUCUAUUUGUACAACGAGGUGUCGUUCUACGCGCUCAACAUCAUCCACCCGGUGACGCACGCGCUCGGCAACACCCUGAAGCGCGUGGUGAUGAUCAUCGUCAGCGUCCUGGUCCUGAACCACAGGUUCACCCCCCUGGGACUGGCGGGCUGCACGACCGCUAUCGGCGGCGUGAUGGCGUACUCGCUCACCAAGGCCAGGCUCGAGCAGGCCGGAGUGGUCGUUCCCGUGGGAAAGGUGGCCGCCGUUAAGGUUCAGCUCGAGAACGAGGCCGGGGUCUCGGUGCCGGUGGGCAAGGCCGCCGAGGUGGCGGUGGCGGUGGUGGCGGCGGCGAAGAACAAGAAGGAGGGGGCGACGGGGGAGGAGGAUGGGGGCACGGCGGCUGAGAAGGGGGGGUAGUGUGAUGUUUGUGUGUGCCGUGAGUUUGGCGGGCGGCGGCGGCAGCGGCGGCGGCGGCGGUGGCGGCGGUGGUGGAAAAUUUCCGUGCAAUAGAGCUGGGGCGAAGAGGAAGAGCGGUGCAUUAGAGCUGGAGCUGCUGUCGGGGGCUUUGGCGACCGAGGUGGGGGCGGAGGAGGAAGAGAAAGGGAGGAGACAGGAAGUGGGAGCUGCGGGGAAAGGGGACACGAUGAAGAAACAGCGAGCGGAGACACGUUUCUCUCGUCGGGUUUGGGCGGGGGGGAUGGGUGGGCGGGUGCUGCACGUGGGACAACGCCAAAACGGACAAGCUGUGUCGCCAGGGAUGGCGACCGCGGUGUGGUCGACACUUUUAUGUUGUUGGGUACAGGGGAGGGAACCUACUUCGGUCCGAGUUCUCUCUCUCUCUCUCUCUCUCGCUCUCUCUGAGUGUGUGUGUGAGAGAGAGAGAGAAAGAGAGUGUUCGUGCAGUGCACGACGAGAGUUUAGGGAAAGCUCUGCUGAGGUGCAAGAUUUUCGUAGGGGGGGGGGAGUGGUGAUUUGUCCUGAGCAGGCGAUGUUGAUUCUGCGGUUGGUGGAUUGAAGGCACGAGUUUGCUGAGACGAGACGGGGAGGAAACAGGCGAGGGAGGGUCAGCCAUGUACAAAUGAUCCGUUACGCAUCAAAAUUGAACGGUAUUGCGUUGUUGCUGCUUCGUUUCAAGAGCACCAAUCAAUCCGUUCUUUCUGAACGCAAGGCUACAGGGCUAUUGAAGAACGAGCAGCGUCGAGGCGGAGGGAGUGCUACAGCUCUGCCGAUGGAGUGCUAUAGCUCUGCCGAUGGAGCCAAAAUGACAGCAAUUGGUGUGGUUUUUUUCUCCCUGAAAAAAAAGCAUGCAGAGUUUAUUCUAGACAUGAAACCACCACCGUAUAGAGAGGGAACGGAAGGGGCUGGAGCGAAGAAACCCGACAAUGGAUAUAUCAGACAGCAGAGUUGUACUGGUUGACAGAUAUUGGUUAAGCAUGGCCCGGUUUGGAUGUUGUAGUGAGAGUGUGUGGUGGUUUGGUUUCUCUUUUUUUUGUCGUUCUUCUUGUUGGGUGAUGGGAGCUUAUUUCAUUUCGAGUAAACGAACAGCAACAAGGGGAAGGAGCCGAAAAGUGUGAGAGCAAGAGACGAGCCCGGAAGGCUUGAGAAUGUUGGCGGGGGUGGCGCGGUCGGCAUGGUCUUCGCAGGACGCGUUUGUAUGCAGGUGUGACUGGCCGCCAUGACCUGCUGUGUUUGUUGUUUUGAUGCUCUUGUGUUGGGUUCUUGGUGUCUCUUGUGGGUCCACGUACAGCUAAGCUCGCGAGAGAAAGGAGCAGAAAAAAUGGCGUCAUAAGGGGGGCCAGGUUUCGGACACACGCACGCGUGGACUUUGCAACCCCUGUCGUUUUCCACUUGCCAUGUACUCUAACGUGCGCGUGAGGGGUUUGUCUUGUCGGCACUCAAGAGCGCCUUCGCCACCCGUUCGUUGCUUCCCUGGUGCACCGUGAGAGCGCCCUCCAUGGUAGUGAGGUGCGGAGACGAACAUCUGGAGCGGAAGCAUGUUUAUGCGUUUCUCCGAUGGAAGGCCGUGUGUGCGAAAAAAGACUUGAAAAUGAGGUAGAGGCGGGAGGUACUAGUUGGACAUGAUAGUGAGACGGCCGUAAAUUCACAUCAGUCGGUAUUUGGUAGGGCUGCUGUCUGGUAGGUUUAUAGACACAGAAACGACGGCGGCGGCGGUUCGACGGGAGGAGCGAUUCAAGCUGAUGUAUAUUAUAUAUUCAUGUAUGUAUUCGGUGAAAGCGUUCUGUGCGGGCAAGAUAAAAGGAAGUCGGUCGCGCCUAUAGCUUUCCUAGAGGGGGAGAGAGGUGAUGCGGCGAUGAUUGAUUCGAUCUCAACGCAUUGUUGUUAUCAACCUCUGCAAUUCGAGGUUUUUGCCUGUUUGGUGUUUCUUCCGUAGAGAGGGCACGUUUGAGAAAUCGCUCGGUGGGCUUGACCAUGUCGGACUACUGCAUGUACUGCUGUUGGCUAGUACUAUCAUCGUGGAAGUGAUGAACGUGAGCGGGGGGGCUACCGUUGGCUUCAUCGGGGCAUUGGUACUGAGUGAAUUACCCGGGAGAGAAGGAACUUUUUUUUCGUUUUGGAUUCAAUAUUCAAUGGCAGAAGGCCUCUCGAAAACAUUCGCGAACAGACUGCUGCUGUUGUUGUAUCGUAGCCAAGACCACCUGCCUGUGUCCCACCCGCGAACGAACCUGGAAGGUUCGCAUGGUAGAUACGGUGUACACAACAUGUGCAUUGUGCAAUUCGUGCAUGCGCUGUAGUUAAGCGUACAGCAGUAGUACCUAGAUAAUGUCGGUUAAC